AUGGCCAAAGGAACGACAGAUAAAAGAUCUUGCCCAGCCAGAAAUUCCAAGCUGCUUCAUCGUGUUAGAAUAGUAACUCUCGGUUGCGUCACACACUGGAAGAACUGCAUUGUCAAAUUUAUUUCAAUGGCGACAAGUUUGCCCAACCAACGAAGCGGCUUGAGAAAAGGCCGAUUGAAGAUUGUUGUAGCAAUCGAUUUUGGAACAACCUAUUCAGGAAUCGCUUAUGCCAACACGGACGAGGGGUUUCAGGCAGAAAAGGAGGCAAAGAAAGGCGUUAAGCUCCAUGAGUGGUUUAAGCUGGGUCUCUGCCCCGAGUAUGAGAAACGUCGCGCCACAGCAUCCGAGCUCAUCAGAAAGUACCGCAGCUCCACCGCUCUUCCAACAUUGAAUACAAUAAGCAAUUAUGAGCAACUUGUCGUGGACUACCUCAAGAGCCUCAAGGGCCAUUUAGAUGAACAACUCGCAUCGGUCUACAAGCUUGUGAAAUAA